AUGAAGACCUACAUCGUCACCUUCAAGCCCGAAACCACCGAUUCUGAGAUCCAAAGGGCAAAGGACGAUAUUGUUGCCAAAGGCGGUUCCAUCGAGCAUGAAUACACUCUUAUCAGGGGUUUCAGCGCGAAAAUGCCCGACGGACCAGCCAUUUCAGCCUUGGAGGCUUCGCCGCAUGUCGAGAACAUGGAGAUGGACCAGGAGGUCACAACUCAGUAG